CGCAACGUAGGCUUACUGCUCAGCUGGGCACAAAGAAAGGUGCUACCACUGUGCAAGAAUCUGAGGAGCGCAAGGAUUUUAGUUUCUAGUCCAAAGAUGGACCUUUUACAGCGGCGACUUGAUGACGUGUUGUGCUACUUGGCGCCGCACUGGAAUUUUGUCAACUGUCACAUGGUUAACUACUCUACCGAUAAGCAUUGGCUACAGUUUAUACCAGAGGCAAUUAGGGCAGAGUUCCACACAAUAGACGACAUCAACAAGGCUAUCGAAUCACUCAUUUGGCAAUCUGACCGUGACAGUCAACGUUUUCCGGUCCUGGCAAAAUUUUUAGCAGCUGCUGAGCAUGAACGCUUGCAGGCUCAUCCAGAACUGCUGACAACUGUGGAGCAACUAGAAGAGUUGCUCGCAGCUAAAAGGCAAAGCGAGCUUAGCAUUAAGGAGUUUAUGAGCGCCAAAAAGUACCAUGAGGUGGAGCGUACUGCAGCCCUAGUCAAUAAACUAGUGCAUGGCACAGCAAUAGAACCAUCUGCCAGUUAUAUAGUAGAUGCUGGCGAUGGCAAGGGUUAUCUUUCCUCGAGGUUGAGUAUCCAGUAUGAGCUUCGUGUGCUGGGCAUUGAUGCAAAUGCGUCCAAUACUGAAAAUGCUUUAUCGCGAAAUCGCAAACUUCAGAAAGCUUGGAAUGGUCUAACAGAACGCGCAGAGCUGCAAAGCCAGGGUAUAACGCCACCAAGACGCGGUAAGAAAUCGACUACAACAGCCGCAACAAUUGUGCCACCUUCUUUGGAAAAUUACAAAACCACAGCCAGAUUCAUAACAACUAAAUUGAAUCUUACGGAUUUACUGGUUGAUCAUUUUAACAUACAGCCGACAGACAUUAAGCCAAGCAUCUGCCUAACGGGCUUGCAUACUUGUGGAAAUUUAGCAUCCACCUGUUUGCGGGUAUUUCACGCUCAGGAAAAUUGCCGACUGCUGUGCAAUAUUGGCUGCUGCUAUCAUUUGCUACGUGAACACUACUCGCAACAGGAAUUCUUUGGCAACAAGGCGUUAAUGGAUAUGCAAACGGAUUAUGGUUUUCCACUUAGCAGUUAUCUGCAGAAGCGAAAAGUGUGUUUGGGGCGCAAUGCACGCAUGCUGGCCGCACAGUCUAUAGAACGCACGAUAGCGGCAAAGGAGUUGCCCAAUAUAACACUCUACUAUCGCGCACUACUGGAGGUGCUGGUCUGCCGACAUGCGCCACAUUUAAAAAACGAACUACAAGUGGGCAAGGUGCGCAAAUUUGCAAAUUUUCAGGAAUAUGUACAAAAGUGUGCGGAGAAGCUGAAUGAACCUUGGCUGGCCGCUGUGACGCACGACGAGCUAGAGGGAUUACUAGAUGAGUACCAACAAGAUCGGCAUUACCUGGAACUUUUUCAUUUAUUGCGCAUGUCAUUUGCCCCAGUGCUAGAGAGCGUUAUAUUGCUGGAUCGAUUGCUCUACCUUAGAGAGCAGGGCUAUGCAAACAGCUUUUUGAUUGAUUUGUUUGAUGCUGUUAUAUCACCCAGGCACUUUGCAAUUGUUGCUAUCAAAUCUUAGAAUCAGACGCGAGGCACUUACGCAUAUCAAUCACUUAAUAGGCGUGCUAUUGAAAAUAUAAAAAUUUUCAUUUCAC